AUGAAUCUUUAUCGAGUAAAUGGCAAUCUUUCUUUUGUUCAAAAAAUUCGUUGUCAAAUUGAUCAAGACAAUUAUGAACCUAUGAGACGUGAGGAGGAUAUUCACGUUCUCAGUGGCGCUUUAAAGUUAUUUCUUCGAGAGCUUCAAGAACCUAUUUUUCCGGCUACAAUGCAUAAAGAAUUUAUGUCUGCUAUAAGUAAUUUUAAUUUAGUUUUUUUAUUUUAA